AUGAUUCCUUACACAGACCCAGACAAAGGCAGAUAUAAGGAUCUGAGAAUUCACCACAGCCUGGACAUGUGGCAUGGUGCCAAAAAUCUGUCCAAAAAGAUUGCUGCUUCACUUUGGAUUGGAGUUUUGCAUCAUGUUUGCAACAAUCACAACUGGGAAACAGGAAGCUGCCAACACGAUCACCUUGAAGACAUUCAGGGUAAAAAAUGGAUUGAAAGAGAUUCCAAGAGCCACAAAGCGCUAGUGGACAUCGUCCUCAAACGCUGGCAGAAGGAGGUUCACAAGUAUCUGCGCUUCAGAUCAACAGCACAUCUUGAAUCAUUUCAGAAUCAUAUUCUGAUGUAUGCCAGAAAGCGCCAGGCCUUCACUCCUCGAGUGUAUGAUUCAAGAGUUUUGCUCGCAGCACUGGACUACAAUUUCCACCGUGAACGGCCAACAUACAGGACGGCAGAGGGCCAACAAGUUUUUCGGAAGAAGUACAACAAAAAUGCAAGAAGAUAUAGCCUUUACGCCUUGAAGUGUGAGAAAUCAUAUGGUUACAUCCAUGAGUUGCAAGCACGCAUCUUGAAAGGGAGAGUCACAAGUGGAGUUGGAAUGCCGCGAAAGAGGACCCCACGCCCGGAUGACCCCAGGCGGCUUGGUGUUGUGCCCCGAUACCUCCACCACCGACAUCAGAGUUGGUACGGACACAGGUCAGCAGAGGUCUGGGUAAGUGACAAACAUCUACAUGCUAUUUCAGCUUAUUACCUUUGCCUCUAACCGAUACUGAAUUGUGUGUAUGCAUGUUAAUGAUAAUCCAUUCUGUGCACAUGACUAAUGGCACUCCUUGUCUUUCACGGGAUCAGCCUUCCAUGCUGCUACCAACUUGGAGGCAGAUUGAGCUUUUGUUUUGCUGGUGUUUGAGG